AGGAGCCGCGCAGAGGAGGACAAUGCCCAAGUCAAAGGAACUUGUGUCUUCAAGCUCAUCUGCCAGUGAUUCAGAUAGUGAAGUUGACAAAAAGGCAAAGAGGAAAAAACAAGCAGCUCCGGAGAAGCCUGUAAAGAAACAAAAGACAGGUGAAAGUUCAAAAGGUGCAUCUUCUUCUAAGCAAAGCAGUAACAGAGAUGAGAACAUGUUUCAGAUUGGCAAAAUGAGGUAUGUCAGUGUUCGUGACUUUAAAGGGAAAGUCCUAAUCGAUAUUAGAGAAUAUUGGAUGGAUCAAGAAGGUGAAAUGAAGCCUGGCAGAAAAGGUAUUUCUUUGAAUCCGGAACAGUGGAACCAACUGAAGGAACAGAUUUCUGAUAUUGAUGAUGCAGUAAGAAAACUGUGAAGAAAAAGCCAUACAGAAACUUAUGAUUUUGGUUGUUCAAGCAGUCUUUUUCAUUGGCUUUUGUUUUCUAAAAUAUUGUUUUCCAAGGUAUUGUAUAUUUGGAUUGCAAACUGAUUUGUAAGAUGAAUACUUUUUUUUAUGUGCAUUAAAAGUGUAUUCUGAGUGAGGCUAUUUGUGUAUACUUUACUGAAAGGAAACAUGUUGCUUUCACCUCAUGUAAAAUAAAGAAAUUGAGUAAUAUGUAAUGCAUACUUGUUUAUGGCGUUUUGUUUUAAAAUAUUUGCU